AUGGUAUUCCUGGAAGGCGGCAAUUUUCGCACGGGAAUCAAUGAUCCUUCUUCCAGAACGGGCGAAUAUCCUGUUUACAAUUCUUAUGUACGACCGUAUUAUAUCGACAGAUAUCCAGUGACCAAUGCACAAUAUAGAAAAUUUAAGCAAACGAAAACUCGCUACAAAACGGAAGCCGAAGACAAAGAAUAUUCAUCCGUGUUUGUGAAUUUCCUGUCCGAUGGUCAAAAGCAAACCUUCAAGGAGGACCCUGUUCAGGAUGGCUGGUAUAAUGUUCGCGGUACUACAUGGAAUAAGCCCGAAGGAUUCCUCAGCAAUAUUGAAGAUCGAAUGUCUCACCCAGUCGUUCAUAUAAGUUAUGAAGAUGCCCACGCCUAUUGUUUCUGGGUUGGAAAACGUUUGCCCACUGAUAUGGAGUGGGAAUAUGCAGCCAGAGGAGGAUUAGACAAUCAAGCCUAUCCGUGGGGAGACAGAUAUAUGAAAAUGAGAAUGAACGUGUGGCAGGGCGAGUAUCCAACUGAGGACAAAAAAUAUGACGGUUAUGACAACACUAGUCCUGUCGAUGCUUUCCCUGCACAGAACGAUUAUGGGAUGUACGAUAUGCUUGGUAAUGUGUGGGAAUGGACCACAACCAAAUAUUAUGAUCGGGUCAUUGACCGUGCUACUCAACCACUACGCUACACACUCAAAGGUGGAUCCUUCAUCGACACUAGGGAUGGUAAUCACAACUAUAUUGUGAGAACUGCCAACAAGAUCGGUCGUAAACCAAAUUACUCAUCUGGUAACAUUGGUUUUCGUUGCGUGAUGGACAUGAGUAAAGAGGAACUAUAUGCCCGGUUACAUGCUUCUACGACAACUCCAAAACCAAUACGUAUUCACCGGAAAGAGGAGAUGUUCUAUGAUGAAUACGGUCAUCCCAGACGCAAAAAGAAAAAAAAGAUUGGUUCUCAUAAAGAACUGUGA